UAAGGAGAACCAAUUUGCGAAUGUAACGUUAACGUGGAAAAGAAAAAGACAAGACACGUUUCAUUUUAGAUUUGUAGUUCCUAAAGGCCUAAGAGACAUCGUAAGGUGUCGUUUUUGGCAUUCUCUUAUGGGUAAAGCAAAGCAAACCCAAUCAAUAAUACCAAUUACCAAAUGCCAAUGCCGUGUGGGUUGGGGUCGACGUCGUGACUCAUGUGAGUCAUGGGCAUCAACUGUGGGAUUCUUUGUCUUUGGAUUUGCUUUUGGUGCCUCGGAGCUGCAGGGAGAGCGGAGAUGCUGGGAUGAAAGCUGAAUUUUGUGGAAAAUGGCAACUUUAGUUGAACCCCCCAACAGAAUUAAGCCAAAGGGGAAGCAUUAUUAUACAAUAUGGCAAACAUUAUUUGAGAUUGAUACGAAGUACGUUCCAAUCAAGCCUAUUGGCCGUGGAGCAUAUGGUGUGGUGUGCUCUUCCAUCAAUAGGGAGACCAAUGAGAAAGUGGCAAUUAAGAAGAUUGGUAAUAUAUUUGAGAAUUCUAUUGAUGCAUUGAGAACCUUAAGAGAACUGAAGCUGCUUAGACAUAUUCGCCAUGAAAAUGUGAUUGCUUUGAAAGAUGUCAUGAUGCCAAUCCAGAGAACAAGUUUUAAGGAUGUCUACUUGGUCUAUGAACUAAUGGAUACGGAUCUUCAUCAGAUUAUUAAGUCCUCUCAGCCACUUUCCAAUGAUCAUUGCAAAUAUUUCUUGUUUCAGCUCCUUCGAGGUCUUAAAUAUCUUCAUUCUGCAAAUAUUCUUCACCGGGACUUGAAGCCUGGGAAUCUGCUCAUCAAUGCCAACUGUGAUUUGAAGAUAUGUGACUUUGGGCUUGCACGAACCAAUGGAGUUGAUGGGCAGUUUAUGACAGAGUAUGUUGUCACUCGCUGGUAUCGUGCACCAGAACUCUUGUUAUGCUGUGACAAUUAUGGAACCUCUAUUGAUGUGUGGUCUGUAGGGUGCAUUUUUGCUGAGAUUCUUGGUAGAAAGCCAAUCUUCCCUGGAACCGAGUGCCUCAACCAACUGAAACUAAUUAUAAGCGUUCUUGGAAGCCAGCAUGAAUCUGAUCUUGAGUUUAUUGAUAAUUCAAAAGCCAGGAGGUUUAUCAAAUCACUGCCCCAAACUAGGGGCAGACACUUCUCUCAAUUGUACCCACAAGCAGAUCCAUUAGCCAUAGAUUUGUUGCAAAAAAUGCUUGUAUUUGAUCCAACUAAGAGAAUUACUGUCUUAGAAGCUCUCCAACACCCUUAUAUGGCUGGCCUAUAUGAUCCAAGGUGUAACCCUCCUGCUCAGGUUCCCAUCAGUCUUGACAUAGAUGAAAAUUGGGGAGAACAAAUGAUUAGGGAAAUGAUGUGGAAUGAAAUGCUUCAUUAUCAUCCUGAAGCAGCUUCUGCCAACGCAUCAUAGAUGAUUUGCUUCUGCUACUGCAUAGCUGAUUCUUCCAAGGCUUUCUAGUCCUGUUGCUUCACAUAAUUUGUCUCUCCAGGAGUAAUUCUUGUUUUUCUUUAGACAAACUGUAAUCUUAAAGUAAGGACUUAGCUGCCGAAUUUUGUACUUGCAUGAGAUUGUUUUAAUAUGGUGUCUCCAAAAGGAUAGUGACAUCUUGUAACUUGUAUAUAGCCAUGCAUACUGUUUUGGUGUUUCGGCUAAACACAUUUGAACUAUUUCAUUUUUCAUCAGUUGUUUCCUUUAAUUU